AUGAUCGUGUGGAGUUUGGGACGAUUGGCCACCUGGAUGCUUCAUUUGAUUGUGGACACGUCGUGCAGCGAGUCGCUGUGGACGACGCUCUUCUUCAUUUUCGUCGCCUGGAUCGCCUCCUACUUGUGGCGGUGGUGGCGGACGUCCCGCAACCUCCCGCCGGGACCCCUGGGCUACCCCAUCUUCGGCUACCUGCCGCGCAUCAAACGCGAUUUUCACGAGGAACUGACGGCCCUCAGUCGCCAGUACGGCAGCGUCUUUAGUGUCAAAUUGGGAUCGGAGCUCAUCGUCGUCCUCAGCGAUCACAAGAUCAUCCGUGAAGCGUUCAGGCGUGAGGAAUUCGCCUGCCGGCCCGACAACGAUUUCAUGAAACUCCUCGACGGAUACGGAAUUAUCAACACGGAGGGCAAAAUGUGGAAGGAGCAGCGCCGGUUCCUGCACGAACGUCUGCGCCAUUUCGGCAUGAAGCACAUGGGCGACGGCCGUGAGAAGAUGGAAGCCAGAAUUAUGAAUGAAGUGCUGGAACUGGUUGGUGAUUUGGCGACCAAGAAAUCUGAUCCGGUCGAUUUGGGCUCGUACCUUUCGUCUUCCGUCUCCAACGUCAUCUGCUCACUGCUCAUGUCCGUCCGCUUCCGUCCGGACGACCCCAAAUUCAUCCGCUUCACCAGCCUCAUUGACGACGGAUUCAAAUUGUUCACCGUCACAGCUGCCGCCGGAUUCAUUCCCAUUCUCAAAUUGCUGCCCGGCUUCAACUACGCCUUCAACAAAAUCCAGCAGAAUUUGAAGGAAAUCAGCGGCUUUUACCAAUCGAUCGUGGACGAGCACAAGAAAUCAUUCGACCCCAACAACAUCCGCGACAUCAUCGACGGCUACAUCCUGGAAAUCCAAAACGCCAAGGAGGAAGGGCGCAGCGAGAAAUUGUUCAACGGCAAGAACGGCGACCGGCAGAUGCAGCAAAUCAUCGGCGACAUGUUCAGCGCCGGCACCGAGACGGUCAAAACGACGCUGCAGUGGGCCACCGUUUUCGCCCUGAGGGAGCCGCACAUGCAGGCCCGUGUCCAGGAGGAACUGGACCGCGUUGUCGGACGCGGGCGGAUGCCGUCCCUGGACGACUUGCCCAAUUUGCCCUACACCGAGGCCUUCAUGCUGGAAGUGAUGCGACGGGCAACGGCCGUUCCCCUGGGCACCACACACUCAACGUCCAGAACGACGACGUUGAAUGGCUACACGAUCCCGAAAGGCACCCAGGUGAUCCCGCUGAUCCACGCCGUGCACAUGUCGCCAUCGCUGUGGAAGGAUCCGGAAGUGUUCAACCCUGAGCGGUUCCUGAGCGCCGACGGGACCAAAGUCGUCAAACCCGAUUACUUUAUCCCGUUCGGCGUCGGUCGGCGGGUGUGUCUGGGCGACGUCCUGGCCAAAGCCGAGCUCUUCCUCUUCUUCUCCACCAUCCUGCACACGUUCAAGUUGACGCUGCCGCAAGGGGCCACCAUGCCUGACUUGAGGGGACAGGCCGGCGUCACCGUUUCUCCGCAAUCUUUCCAGGUUUGCGCCGAAGGUCGUGACAUUGAGAAAGUGGACGAAUCGACCCGAGAAACGACGGAAAUUCUUCUGAGCUGUCCAGUAGCCCAGUAAAAAAAAAAAAAAAAAAAAAAUUAAAUUUGUGUCUUUUGAAUUUUUAUUACCCGGCAAAAAUAUUUUAAAAUGUUGUACAUAUGUUUCUGUGUCUUUUUUGAUGUUAUGCUAUUCGCUGUGAUUGUGUCUUGAUGAAAUAUUCAAAAAUUGAAAAAAAAAAAAUUACCCGCCAUUAUUCCCCCCCCCCCUGAAAAUUUGUAAAUACGUCACAUCAUCAUCGGAUCUCUCUCUCUCUGAUUUUUAAAUAAUUCCACAAUAAAAAACAACAAAAAUCCGAUUUGUAAUUUGUUCACCAUUUUUUGUGUACGUGUGUCUCCUCCAGUCGCAGAGAAUCGCAACGAUCGACCACCUCCCAAAAGUCCCGUCUCUCGUUACACGUUCUCUCCACCCCACCCCCUCACUCCCGUAAUUUUGUGUAAUUUGUAUUUUUCACUUGUGUGUUGGAAUUGUUUUUGUCUCGAUUCGCUCCUCUGUGCUAAAAAAAAACGUCUGUGCGUGUUUGUUGUGUCAAACGAAAAAAGUUUUUUUUCCUGUUGUUGUUUUGUUGUUUGUACAUACAAGGAACACAAUUAUUACCAUA